CUGAACGUUUGCAAAAUAUGGCGUUUGUUUGUGGGCCCCUUUGUUUAAUUAAUCUGUUAGCAUUAGUGAAUAAGAAGUCAGAUAACAUUCAACCUGAAGUUAACAGGAAUGUGCUUUUGAAAAGGGGAAAGAGAAGCGAGGGACGUCUUCCGGCAUGCAACCAGAAUGUAGCUAAGAUGUGUUCAAGCAAAAUACUUAAAAUAUAGCCCUAGGGAAGCCACAAGUCACGACGCUGGUAAACCGACGAGCAGCAUCCACUUCUGCCGACGCCACAGUUAGACAUCGUACUUAACAUAUACUGGCGAAAUGAUGGUACCAGGAUAAUCUUUAAGGUAAAAACUUCGGACGACAUGCUGCCUGUUUACAGAGCCAUUUACAGCGCCUACAGCAAAGGUUUUCAUGAUCUCGCGGACCGUAGCGAACAGUACAAUGUCGUGCUUCCCCUCGUUGCAGACCACAGGAGUGACGACUGGUUCCUCAUGGGCUCGCCCUGGCCUGUGCUCUGCAUCGCCGCUUCCUAUGUGUACUUUGUGACGAGCCUGGGCCCUCGAUUCAUGAAGAACAGGAGUGCCUUUCACGUGGACCCCAUCGUCCGAGUCUACAACUUGCUGCAGAUAUUUCUGUCUCUCUCUGUGUUCAUACUCGCACUCUCGAUCGGAUGGGGAACCUCGCAUAACCCCUUCUGCAAUCCCAUCGACUACUCGAACUCAGAAAUACCGAUACGGGAGGCGAGGGUGGUGUGGCUGUACUUCAUACUGAAGCUCCUUGACCUCUGUGACACGAUAUUUUUUGUCCUGCGAAAGAAAAUGCAGCAGGUCUCCUUCCUUCACGUGUAUCACCACGCGGCGAUGCUGGUCGGAGCCUGGCUUAUUACGAAGUUCUUACCAGGCGGCCACGCCACAUUCAUCGGGGUAGCGAACUGCUUCGUGCACGUGGUCAUGUACUCCUACUACUUUGUGACCUCCACGUGGCCCGAGAAGAGGAACGGCCUCUGGUGGAAGAAGCACAUAACUCAGCUGCAGAUGGUAAAUUGGCAGACACUGAGUAAGCACAAUGUUGCAGGCGGCCACGCCGCAUUCGUCGGGGUAACGAACAGCUUCGUGCACGUGGUCAUGUACUCCUACUACUUUGUGACCUCCACGUGGCCCGAGAAGAGGAACGGCCUCUGGUGGAAGAAGCACAUAACUCAGCUGCAGAUGGCCCAGUUCGCGUUCCUUGGUCUCCAUUCGUUGUCCGCCCUGCUGAUUCACAACUGCGAAUAUCCAUUCUCUGUGGCUCUCAUAUUCGGAAUACAGAAUGUAGUUAUGUUCAAUUUGUUCUACAACUUUUACCGCAAAGCCUAUUCUGACAAGAAAGAACGUUAAUUGAACUAUUUUCAUAACUGAUCAUGUUAACGUCCUUACCCUAACCUAACUUUCAGCGUCUUACCGUCUGGGUCGUUGCGCUCUGUGUCUGAUGUAAAAAGGUUAUUUAUUUUUUUACUGAAUUCGUCGGAAAAUUCGUGCUUCCUGCCCUGAUUUUGAAGCGCUCCGGGUUUAAUAUUUGUCUUUCGGAUCCAUACGAUGAGCUGUGAAUGUUUACGCGGUUAACCUUAGUGGAAAUGGCUUCCAGGAGAAGGGACGCCACAGCGUUACCAACUUUACAAACGGCCUUUGACUUUUAAAAUGUAAAUUAAUUUUACUGACUCAAAAAUUUCUUAAAAUGUUUCUGCCCCAUUUGAAGAUCUUUUUACAUCGUAACGGUACGUGAUCAUUGAAUGACACGAACGGUCUGGCCUUCUGUAAUUAUCUGACGUUUAUUUGUAAUCAAUAUCACAGUGUUGUUGUGUUUAAAUAAAAUAUAAACAAGCAAGUUA